AUCUUUCUCUUACGUCACCUUCGUGUUCCUUCAGGCGACACUCCACCCCUCCUCUUUGCUAAAACCUCAGAUCGAACGACUGUAAUUCGAAAAACCCUAAACAAGAAGAAGAAGAAGAUGAAACUCGCGCAUUCCGCGAUUCGAUCCCUUAGCGACGUAGCUUCCUUUCAAACAUGUCGUCCUUUCGUAUGUAGAAGCCUCUCCACCAACGCUAAUCAAGACGAUUGGAUGUUCGGCGGCAAAGACGAAAAAACCAAUAGCUUCUUCCAGCAUCUUGGCAAGGCUGAGAAGGAUAAGCGCGACUACACAGGGUUUAGUAGAUCACAAGGAAACGGCUCGAGAUUCGAUCCUUCAUCCGAUGGCGUGGAUGGAAAAUUAAAGGAAGCUGCGUUGAUUUACAACGUUGAUGAUGACGAAGGUGUGAAGGAUGGUUACUCGUUUAGGCCCGAUGUUAACACUUGGAGAGUUAAUCCUUUCCCUAGAGAUAUAAACUAUAGAAGGCAGAUGCAAAAGCCUAGGCAGAAUACUAAGGCGGAGAUCACCACCGAGGAAGUUCUUAAGAAAGCUGACUUCAGGAAUGUUAGAUUCCUUGCACAGUUCAUCACCGAAGCUGGGAUCCUCGUUAAGAGGAAGCAGACUGGUAUUAGCGCAAAGGCACAAAGGAAGAUUGCUAGAGAGAUCAAAACGGCCCGUGCAUUUGGACUGAUGCCUUUCACAACAAUGGGUACAAAGGCUUUUACAUUUGGGAAAACCAUGGAGAACAGAGACCAAGAUUUCGAGUAUGAAGUGGUUGACGAUGAUGAUGAGUAUGAUGACAACACACCUGAGUAACUCCAAAGGGUUGGAUCCACUCUCUGUUGCCUGACUAGUGAGGUCUUGUUUUCAUUUCUUGGGUUUUGUUCGGCUGAUAUUUGGAAUAAUCCGAUGGUAGCAAGUUGAGUAUACAUGAUUGACUGUAUUUCAGUAGCUGCUCUUCAGUUGACAAUAGGAUUUGUAAUUUUUUUUUGUUUAAUUUUGUUACUUUGGAAGUUAAGGGCAUGACUGAUCAGUAUCAUUGUGUCUCAUUCCAAACAUUACUCUGUAAGAUUAUGGUUACUUUAUUCCACAAAUCAAGUCAUUAUCAAAGUA